CAGACUGACACAUACCGCUGCUCCAUAGCGAACGGAAGCGUACAAAUAUUUUACCAAGAUAUAUCCACGUUAAAGUUAUCGUAUUUGCUACACGCGCCAUAAUGGGAUCACCGCCAGCCAUUUGCCUGUGUAUACUAGCUGUCUUCCUGGCGGCGACCAGCGCCCUCAAGGUGGAGGUGGACUCCCGCGAGACCAGCAUGACGGGAGCGUUCCUGGAGGAUGCCACGACGGCCGUGUCGCAGACUUGCAACACCCACAAGAACACGGCCGGUACCCGCGCACAGGAAGCGCUGGCCGUGGACGAGAUGUGGCAGCAUGUGGCGCAGUGGAUGAAGGCCCGCCAUCAUGGAUACGCCUGGAACGUCCAGGUUAUCGGCAAGCAGGGCAUCAACAACGGACGGAAGGAUGCGCUCUACUCGGAUUCCUCAAAAACCACAAAGAAGUUCAAGGGCACCUGCGACGGCAGAAAAUACUUCGUGCAAAGUACAAAGGUCGCCGAUGACAGCCGUUCCCACGGAUGAGCGGGAGAAUAUAAAAUUCCUGUGGAGUUUGGUUUUUCUGCUUAAUAAAGCAAUGUAAUAAAACUGAAUGAAUGCGUUAAAUCGAAUUUAACCGUUAAAUCUUCAGACUGACAUAAAAUUUUCACUUUUGUCGGAACUAGCAUGCUUCAGCGCACACAUGUUACGCGCGCACAGUGAAAGCGCGGAGUCUCAAUAAAUUUUCCACCGUUCUGA